ACAGUUUAAUGCUGAGGUAAACUUAGUUUACCCAGCUCCCUAGGUAAAUCUGUCUGCUGCAAUCUGUAGAAGGCAAUCUUUAGUUUACAACUGUGACGAGACAAAUGAGCAACCUCAAAGACAAGCCUCCAAAAAGCUCAGGUUAACUGUACAGCUCCUUAAUCACAGCGAUUGAUAAUGGGUCGGUAGCUACAUAAACUACCUAAUGUCCUUGAACAGUCGCGACCAUACUGGUGGGGUAACUGUUCCAAAUAAGCCUUAAAAAACAGAACCCGCGACUACUCGCAUUAUGAGUGGCCUUGGUAAGUGGUUGAAGGCACAGAACUGGUUGAAGAUGCUCAUAAGGUAGCCAUCUCUGGUCCACUGUAACUAAGCAACGAGGCAACAAUUGUGCCGAAGGAAAAGGGAGGGUUGAGGCAAGGAGUUCUGGGAAAUUGCUUCCUUUCUCACAAUUUUAGGUUGUGCCAUAGUUUCAAGUGAUGGUAUACGACCAAUGUAUUUUUUCCCAUGGCCAUGUCUUGUCCUUGAUUAAAAAAUAUAUACACCACUUAAAGGUGUUAGAUGCAGAAAUCGGUCAGUCAUUAAUGGGCGCGUGAGACGACGAGAAGAUUGUGCGGAGAAGCACGGCCCCACGGCCAGAGGUGGGACUCAUGCAGUAGAAACGAAGCCAUGGAAUAUGCAGGGAGCCGAAAGUCAAGCCCCCAGCCGCCCUCGGAUGCAGGUGACGAUAAGGGGGAUUCUGGGGUUCCCACCUUUAACCAAACGCAUAUGAAGAAUGCAUUCCAACUCAUGAACGACCUGAGGAGUAAGAAGAUGCUGUGCGACGUGUUGCUGGUGGCGGAGGAUAUUGAGGUUCCUGCUCACAAGGUGGUUUUGGCUUCCUGCAGCCCCUAUUUCUGUGCCAUGUUUACAGCGGACAUGAGCGAGAGCAAAGCCCAGCGGGUGGAGAUCAGAGACGUGGACGGACAGACGCUCAGGAGGCUGGUGGACUACAUCUACACGGCGGAGAUCGAGGUGACCGAGGACAACGUCCAGGUUCUGCUGCCGGCCGCCAGCCUGCUGCAGCUGACGGACGUGCGGCACGCCUGCUGCCACUUCCUGCAGGCCCAGCUGCACUCCACCAACUGCCUGGGCAUCCGCGCCUUCGCCGACCUCCACGCCUGCACGCAGCUGCUUAACCAGGCCCACGCGUACGCAGAGCAGCACUUCUCGGAGGUGAUGCUGGGGGAGGAGUUCCUGAGCCUGUCCCUUCAGCAGGUGUGUGGUCUCAUCUCCAGUGACAAGCUGACCGUGUCCACAGAGGAGAAGGUUUUCGAGGCCAUGAUUUCGUGGAUAAAGCAUGAUAAAGAGGUGCGCUUGGAGCACAUGCCAAAGCUGAUGGAACACGUCCGCUUGCCCCUGCUGUCCAGGGAUUACCUGGUUCAGAUAGUGGAAGAGGAGGCUUUGAUCAAGAACAACAACACCUGCAAAGACUUCCUCAUCGAGGCCAUGAAGUACCACCUCCUGCCUGCCGACCAGCGACACCUGAUCAAGACGGACAGGACGCGGCCGCGCACGCCCAUCAGCCUGCCCAAGGUGAUGAUUGUGGUGGGUGGCCAGGCGCCGAAAGCCAUCCGCAGCGUGGAGUGUUACGACUUCCAGGAGGACCGCUGGUACCAGGUGGCCGACCUGCCGUCCCGACGCUGCCGCGCAGGUGUGGUGUUCAUGGCGGGGCGUGUGUACGCGGUGGGCGGGUUUAACGGGUCCCUGCGGGUGCGGACGGUGGACGCGUACGACGGGGCGCGGGAGCAGUGGAGCUCCGUUCCCAGCAUGCAGGAGCGGCGCUCCACGCUGGGCGCGGCCGUGCUGGGGGACCUGCUGUACGCCGUGGGCGGCUUCGACGGCAGCACAGGCUUGUCCUCGGUGGAGGCCUACAGCUAUAAGACUAAUGAAUGGCUCUUUGUGGCCCCCAUGAACACUCGGCGCAGCAGUGUGGGGGUCGGAGUGGUGGAUGGGAAGCUGUACGCGGUGGGCGGGUAUGAUGGGGCAUCCCGGCAGUGUCUCAGCACAGUGGAGGAGUUCAACCCAGUCAGCAACCAGUGGGAGUAUGUGGCUGAGAUGGGCACCAGGCGCAGCGGAGCAGGUGUGGGGGUGCUCAGCGGGCAGCUGUAUGCAGCGGGGGGCCACGAUGGCCCCCUGGUCAGGAAGAGCGUGGAGGUGUACGACCCCCCCAGCAACACCUGGAGACAGGUGUCCGACAUGAACAUGUGCCGGAGGAACGCAGGAGUGUGUGCCAUUAACGGGCUGCUGUACGUGAUUGGCGGGGACGACGGCUCCUGUAACCUCUCCUCGGUGGAGUACUACAACCCCGCCACGGACAAGUGGAGCCUGAUCCCCACCAACAUGAGCAACGGGCGGAGCUAUGCGGGGGUGUCGGUCAUUGACAAGCCCCUAUGACAAACAGCCUCGGCCAGCAGGGACCCACGGCCGCCCCACAGUCCAGACCUCAGCAUAGGCACCGAUGUCUGACCCGGGCGUCAGCUUCAGGGACGGGCGCAGGCACCGCGGAGGACGCCCCGCGAAGGGGGCCUGCCCGCCCGCCUGGAGGCGCCGCCGUGCCGCUCGUACACUAAGACGUGAGAGUCGGGGGUGGG